AUGAAUUACGAACGCAUGGCAGCUGAGAUCCCUACUCUCUACCGACUAUCUAGCGAAUCCAAAGAAGCCGAUCUCCUCAAUGGUCUUCUAGGCUGGAUUCGCAACGACACCUUUGGAAAUAUGGCAGAAAUAUGUGCUCUCUGGGGUGCAAUCGUCCAGGCCAAUAAUUACCUUGCCAAAGUCCAUCGUACGCUGCAAGCGCGUGCAAUUGAACAUGAGCACUUCCAUCUCAAAGAAGUCCUGAAUUCGGAGUUGAAGCAAGCUAAGGAGAUGAUGGAUGCCAUUCCUGGUGGUAGACGUGCAACUACGGUCACUACCGAUGAGGAUUUUUCUCUUGCUGUUAAGCGGUUGAAGUAUCUCCGCGAGUACAAGUAG